CCUUUAGGAAGUCAGUAAUUGGGGAAGUGAAACCAGAUUUGUCCUCGCAGGCCGCGAUCCGGAGGCUCCGCCCCGCGCUCUCGCAGCCCCGCCCAGCUACCAGCCACCGGAAGUGCAGCUGCUGGGCGAGUCUAGACACCUCCUGCCCCUCCUUCUCAUCCUCCUCCCCCAGCCGCUGCCGCCGCCCGUUCUCGGCCUGGUCCUAUUGUGCCCGCGGAGCGCCCGGGGUCAUGUGGAGUCAUCGCAGCGGCCGCCUUCGGGCCCAUGGCUACAACCUGCAGGAGCAGCGGGAUCGCUGGCGGGAGCGGGAGGCAGCUCUAAGGAAGGCCAGGCGGGAACAGCACCUGGUCAGCAAGAGACUGCUGAGGGACAGUGACCUAGAAGAAGCCAGAGAUGAGUUCCCAAACAGACCCCUGGAAGAGCUGGAGGUGCUACACUUGCUGAGGAUGUCUCAGCGGGGAACUGAGAAGGAGAAAGAGAAGGCAUUAAUCAGCCUCCGGCAUAGCUUGCAGCAUCCUGAAACCCAGCAGACUUUUAUCCGGCUUGAAGGCAGUAUUCGAACACUAAUUGGACUCUUGACAAGCAACUGGGCCUCACUUCAAAUGGAGGCAGCUCGGUGUCUGCAUGAGCUCUCCCAUGCUGACCAGCCCAACGUGGCGGAAGCUUGCCUGCCGUCCACAUCCUACCUACUCACCUACCUUUCUGGGCACAGUGCUGACUUCAUAGAGCUAUGUCUCUAUACGCUAGGCAAUCUGGCUGUGGAGAGUGAGGCUGUGAGGAGGCAGCUUCUGCCACAGGGCAUUAUUCCAGCUCUUGCUACAUGCAUCCAGUCCCCUCAUGCAGCUGUUCUGGAAGCUCUUGGUUACACCUUGUCACAACUUUUGCAGGCCAAUGAAGCUCCUAAAGAAAUCAUUCCUCUUGUCUUGGACUCUGCCAUCCUACCGAACAUGCUACGACUUCUACACCCUAACCCAGAACUGGGGGCUAGUGUUGCUGUGGAGUUUGCCUGGUGUCUCCACUACAUCAUCUGCAGCCAGGUGAAUAAUCCCCUGCUCAUUGCUCGAGGAGCUUUGUCCAGCCUGGGUAUAUUACUGUUGGACUUGGCUAGGGCUGCCUCUGGAUCUGUGGAUACAGGACUGGAUCUGUUGGCCUGCCCAGUACUUCGGUGCUUUGGUAAUCUGCUGGCAGAGGAAGGAGCAGCUGAUGCAGGGGUACGAGCAGAUUUUGGAGAUGAGCGAAUUAUAGUGGCCAUGUUUAUCCUCAUGGAGUUCUUCAUUCAGCAUCAACCUAGCCUGGUUCCGGAGUGCCUCUGGGUCCUCAAUAAUCUCACUGUAAAGGAUCCUGGCCUCUGCAGUGCAUUGCUCUCCUUGGAUCUGGUUGCUCCUCUCCUGCAACUCUUACCCAUUUCACGGGUGGUUCGUAUAUUGGUGCUCACAAUCCUGUGCAACAUUGCAGAGAAGGGUCCUUUCUACUGCCAAAGGCUCUGGCCAGGUCCUCUUCUCCCCCACUUGCUAGAUAUUCUGACCCUUUCUGACUCAGAAGUGGUAGGUCAGAGCCUAGAGCUGUUACAGCUGCUGUUUGUACACCAGCCUGAGGCAGCUCAGGACUUCUUACAGCAUGCUGGACUACAGGCCUUGGAAAAACAUAAAGAAGAGGUGGACCUCCAAGACCGUAUCCAAGCUCUCCAGGAGGUGGCACUGGGGGGAAGUUCACUUGUACCGAAUGCAUUGGCGCUGCCAUAACCUCUCCUUUGCCUGUCCCACUAUGGCUCAGAAGUUAAUCGUCCAUGCUAAAGUUAUAAGUUUCCCUUUAAGAAUGAAUAAAUGGGCACCAGGUCCUGGCUGCUCAGUCCUGUCCCAUUUCUUGUCCCCCCUCCCUCCCUUCUUCCUUUUCCCUCUUUCAUAUAUCACAGCUUCCCCUAGAAACGAAAAGUUGUAUUACAUUAAAUUUCCUCUGUCACAA